GUCAUUUUCCUUACACUGAGAGACUCCUGCGAAUGAUUAGUAUUAUACAGCGCAAUCCGGUCUUACAUGUUUACCGGUGCCAGGCGCUGUUUUUUUUCCUUAGGAAAAAAACUAUAUUUCCCAAUAUUCCUUUUGCAGAGGUAUAGCGACCAAUCGGGGGCACGUUAUUUUGGCGCUGAGUGGGGAGACAGGCCCUGAAAGCAGGGAGCUUUUGUUACAGCUAGAGGGAGAGAGGGAGACAGUUAUAUAGAAAUACAUAGGAACCCGAUUUAUUCAAAACCCGCUCCAACAUCCCGCAAAAUACGAGGCCCUCUCUCAGAUCAACCAUGGGAACUGAGACUUAACUAUUGCCCCUGCUUUUUUAUUAUUAUAUUUUUUUAAUCAGUACAUUGAAUUAAUAGUCGAGGAUACCUUUACUUUAUAACUUCAAGCUUUUGUUGUAUCUGAUUUUUUUUUUUAAUAUAUUGCAGCAGGAAGCUCAAUAUUGGGUGUAUUUGUUUAUAAUGGAACACACUGAAGGCCCUGUAAGAGAAAGGGAAAGUUAAGGAUGCUGGAGCAGAACAAUGGAUUUCUCCUUCUCUUUCAUGCAAGGGAUCAUGGGAAACACAAUCCAGCAACCACCUCAGCUCAUUGACUCGGCCAACAUCCGGCAGGAGGAGGUUUAUCACAGCAGCGGUGAUGCGGGAGGCGAUGAGGGCCCCUCCACCUACGACUCCGCCCUGGAGUCGGGCUUUUGCUACCCUGCGGAUGACCUACCAGUGGUGGCCAAUGGCUACCCAGCAGGCUUCUAUGAGCCGCAGGCCAAGUACUCCAUGUAUGCGCCAUUCCCCAAUGGCUCUGCCAACGGAUAUGGUGCCGUACGUGUUUAUGGGGACCACUGCCCUCUGCCAGGGGGAGAGGGGACGGUGAUGAGGCCACCUGUCAUGCAGGAGAAGCCCCUGGCACCUACCUCACUGCCCCCCCACCAUCACCACUUCCUUCCCCACCAUCAAGCCCGUCCUCAGACCCCGCCCCCUCUGCCCCCCCACCAUCAUCACCCUCUGGCCCCGCCCCACCUCGCCCCUCCUAUUCUGCCCCCUCCCCCACCUCUACUCCUCCCCACCUCCUCACCGGUGCAGCCGCUGCUCCCUUCAUCAGGGGUGGUGGACGCAGCCCCGCCUUCACGCCCCCCGGCCCCUCCCACUCAACCCGUCCCCAAGAAGACAGGCUCCCCCGAGAUUAAGCUGAGAAUCACCAAGACGUACCAGAACGGGCGGGAGCUGUUUGAGUCCUCGCUCUGUGGUGACCUGCUGCACGAGCUCCAAGCUGGGGAGGUGUCCCACCGCCGGCACGAGCGGAAAAAGGAGCGGAGGAAAAGGAGCAGCCAGGACCCCCAGCAGGAGCCCAGGCCGGAGGUGCUGGUGGAAACAGCCCCAGAACCGGGUCCACUGUGCCAACUGCCCGAACCUGCACCAGAGGUGCUAUCUGGGGGUCUCAAGACCCCCAAGGAAGAACCCAAGGAGCAGAGCAUUCAAAAGCACUCAGCCCCUGCCACCUCAGCCCCUGCCGCCUCAGCCCCUGCCGCCUCAGCCCCUACCACCUCAGCCCCUACCACCUCAGCCCCUACCACCUUAGCCCACCAUGAAGUGGGUGACUUGGUGUGGGCCAAGGUGGGGACCUACCCCUGGUGGCCCUGCAUGGUGUCGCGUGACCCCCAGCUGAACAUCAGUACCCGGAUAAACACCAGAGGUCAUCGAGAGUAUCACGUGCAGUUCUUUGGAAGUGUCCCAGAGAGGGCUUGGAUCCACGAGAAGAGGGUGUUGCUGUACCUGAGUCAACAUCAGUUUGAAGACCUGCAGGCAGAGACUCUACGCAAGACCUCCAACCCUGCAGAGAGACACAAGCUUCUGAAGCCCCAGUCUCAGCGAGAGCGCUCCCAGUGGGAGGUGGGCGUCAGCCACGCGGAGGACGCCCUGCCGAUGAGCCGGGAGGAACGCGUAGAAACCUACACCUUCAUCUAUGUGGACGAGGAGCCGGCCAAGCCCAAGUUGGCCAGCAAGCCGGCACGGAGGGCCCAGCGCUCUAGGGGCAGCACGUCCGGGGGCAGGGAUGAUAAAGCGGAGGCAGCCGAGCCUGUGCAGGAGGGGCCCCCACGCCGCCAGCAGCCUCCGAGGCGGUGCAGCACGGCUAGGGAGGAUCCACAGGACGUGCAGGGGGAGCAGAGCCUCCUCAGCAGUCCACAGAGGAGCCCGGAGGGACCCACUGAGCCUGCGGAACCUACACCCCCAGUGAAGACGGCCUGGCGGACGGCCGCUGCACGCAAGCUGCUCCCACUCUCCAUCACCAUGAAGAAGCUUAACGUGGAGAUCACCAAGUGUGACUGGCCCCCUCCCCAGAGGAAGAGCCCAUCACCUAAGGAGACAGAGAGUAAAGGGCAGCAGGACAGCCAGGCGCUCAGCUCCCCCAGGGGUCUUCAGGUUUCAGGCGGAAAAGCGGAAGUGAGCUGUAGGGAGCAGGAGAAGGUCAUGUCACCUGUAGGGCGAAGAAGUGAGCAAGGCGUUCCCCAGCACUCCGCCUCCACGGAUGUCUUGCCUGGAACCCAGGCAGCACAAACAGGGCCUCCGGAACGCAAGCAGCAGCGGCGGUAUUCUCGGAGCCGCUCCGAGUCGGAAAAGGGCUCUGAGCCCGUGCCGAAGAAGAAGGUGAAGAAGGAGCAGGCUGAAUCCAUUCCCCAGACGGCUCUGAAGACUGCAUUGCAAAAAGGAGCCAGCGAGAUCUCCGACUCCUGCAAGCCGCUGAAGAAGCGGAGUCGGGCCUCCACGGACGUAGAGAUGAGCAGCUCCCAGUACCGCGACACCUCCGACUCGGACUCCAGGGGUCACAAUGACCCACAGGUGGGGUUCGGUAAGCGCUCCGACAGCCCUGCGGUCACAGACGCCGAUGGCUCAGAUGCACAGUCAGUGGACUCCAGCGUGUCCGUGACGGGUGGAGGCGUGUCUCGGAAGGACACCGUCUGCCAGAUCUGCGAAUCCUUCGGGGAGGCCCUCUUGAGCUGUGACGGGGACUGCGGCCAGCUCUUCCAUGCGCAGUGUGUGGGGCUGACGAGUCCCUACAAAGGGAAAUUCACGUGUGCGGAGUGUAAGACGGGCGCUCACACCUGUUUCUCCUGCAAGGUGUCGGAUGGAGAUACUGUCUGCUGCUCAGCUAGUGGCUGUGGCCGCUUCUACCACGAGGCGUGCGCCCGCAAGUACCCGGGCACCGUGGCCGAUCCCAAGGGCCUGCGCUGUCCCCAGCACACCUGCGCCACCUGCUGGCUGGAAAGAGACCUGCACAAGGCAACCAAAGGCCGGAUGCUGUGCUGUAUCCGCUGUCCCGUGGCGUAUCACACUUCGGAUGGCUGCAUCGCCGCCGGCAGCUCCCUCAUCACGCCGCACGUCAUCAUCUGCAGCGAGCACUCCAGUGCGCGCAGGAAUGGUCACGCCGUGUCCCCGGUAAACGUAGGCUGGUGUUUCGUCUGUGCCCGAGGGAUGUUAGUGCAGGACCAAUCAGACAACAUGUUAAGUUCGUAUGCCUAUAAGUCACACUACCUUCUGACUGAAACAAAUAGUGCUGACUUGAUGAAAUUACCCAUGAUUCCUUCUUCUUCGUCAGCUACCAAAAAGAAUGUGGGGAAAGGGGGGAGGCUGCUGUGCUGCGAGGCAUGCCCCGCCUCCUUCCACCCCGAGUGCCUGAGCAUGGAAAUGCCUGAGGGGGCGUGGCUCUGCCCAGACUGCAGGUCCGGCAAGAAGCCCCACUACAAGCAGAUCGUUUGGGUCAAGCUAGGAAGCUACAGGUGGUGGCCAGCGGAAAUCUGUAAUCCCCGGCAGGUCCCCUGUAACAUCCAGACCCUGAAGCAUGACAUCGGGGAUUUCCCUAUCUUCUUCUUUGGGUCCCAUGACUACUACUGGAUCAACCAAGGCCGGGUCUUCCCCUAUGUGGAGGGUGACAAGCAGUUUGCGGAAGGGCAGAUCAGCCUCAACAAGACGUUCAAGAAAGGUACGGCUGGACCAGCCUUUGCAUUCUGGGACCGCAAGGUUGAUGCUGGGCCCAAGGGGAACUUCUCUGCUUUUAUGAACCACAGCUGCCAACCCAACUGUGAGAUGCAGAAGUGGACGGUGAACGGGGACAUCCGUGCGGGUCUCUUCGCCGUGCGCGACAUCCAGGCGGGCACUGAGUUGACCUUUAACUACAACCUGGAGUGCCUGGGCGACGGGAGACUAUCCUGCCACUGUGGUGCAGAGAACUGCAGCGGCUUCCUAGGGAUGCAACCAAAGAGUGCAGUAGUGACCGAGAAGGAAGAAAAGGCCCGCAUCUCGAAGCCGAAGCCCAAGAAGCGUAAGGUGAAGCCUUGUGAGUUGAAGCUGGCCCACAAGUCGGCCUGCUUCCUCUGUGGCGAAGCCGGGGAGCUCGUCACGUGUGACAGGAGGGAUUGCCCGAAAGCUUACCACCUCCGCUGUCUCAGCAUGACCAAGCCGCCACACGGACGCUGGGAGUGUCCAUGGCACCAGUGCAGCGUGUGCCACAGCCCAGCCACCUCGUCCUGCCACUACUGCCCCAGUUCCUUCUGCCAGGAGCAUGAGGGGGGGGCUCUUGUGCCCUCCAUACCUGACAGCAGACCCUGCUGCUCAAGACACAACCCAGAGAUGCCCCCCGCACACGUGUCCCACCUCGACGAGAUCAAGGUCAAAGAGGAGCCCCUAGAGCCCGGUGAAGGCGCCCCCUACUGAUGUCCUGGAGUAAGAACAAGAGAGGGAUAAGCGGAGACAUAGUAGAUAGGGAGUGGGCCUAAACAGACAUCUCCGGUUAAACAGAAAUCAGGAGAUCCAGCACAAGUCUUUCAUUUGCCCAGCCUGAUACAUAGUAACAGCCUGCCACCUUUAUAAAGCAGUCAGCCAUGCGGGCCUCACUCAGCAUAGUAAAAGCUGAGCCUUCUACAACCAUAAUAUUUAACCCACUUAUUGAUCUUUAUUUUUCUAUUAUUCAAUAGUGUGUCCUCUAUAGCAGUGGUAAUUUCAAAUUGAAUUUAUUCAGUUUCAUGUGAAAAGUGCUUUUUCUGUGAUAUUGGUUACUAGGCUGCUGUUAUAUACUCUGUUAUAUGACCUAUUGACAAUACCGCUGUCUCCUCCUCUUCCCUUCCUUGUUCCCAUAAAGGUUCAUUAAUCUCUCCAAAAAUACUGGAUUAUGUACCUCAUAUAUAAAUAUAUAAAAUAUUUGUGCAAUUUUAACUGGACUGCAUCACAUCUCAGAGCAUUAUACCAAGAGCCCAUCGAAAUCCUCAUCGUAGGAUUCUUCAGAGUUGCUUAACAGAUGAUAAUUAAGCAGAUGAAACCCAUCUUUAUUUUGGGUCAAAUUUUUUAACAUAUAUUUAUUAAAUAUAUUUAUCUGUGUAUGUUUACAGCAACACUAUGUGAUAAAAAAAAAUCCCAUUGAGGUUUGUGCGUGCGUGCGUGUGUGUGUGUGUGUGUGUGUG